CGGGAUAUUGGUUGGACGUUGUAAUGACUUGUGCAGAAGAAGUAGCUGCUUUAGAACAACAGCUUGCUGAAGCGAAGAAGAGGCUUGAAGUAGAGCAGAUGAGAGAGAAGGAGCUCUCAUAUCGUAUAAAGGAGGAGGAGGAAGCUAUUGUAAGACAAAAACAGAGGAAAGAACGAAGAGAGAAGGAAGAACAAGAGAGAAAGAAAAGACAGGCUGUUGAAGAUGAAGAAAGUGUGAAAAUGUUGGAAAAAUUGGCGUUGUCUGAGAUGAGGUUGACAGAGGUGAAGAGAGCAAAAGAAGCUGUUGGGAUGAUAUACAAGAAAAAAUUAGCAGAGAUUAACACAAUUGAUCAAAUUCUGAUUUCACGAGAAAGAAAAUACAAACAACUGCUAGAGGGACACGUUGUGCCUGCUGUUGAUGUGGAUAGCCCAGUGAAGACUGAGCUUCACUCUGAUGCAUCCCACAUGUUGGUAGAAGAAAGGAGGCAAGUAAUGAAGGAGUUGCUCAGCAGACGGCAAGAGGAACUUGAUGCUGCUUUGGUUCAGCAUGCGGCAGAUGCUGAAGCUUUGAAAGAAAGAAAGCGUGUAGAGAUGGAGAGACUGUCUCAAUUCAGAUACAGUCAUGGUCUCAACUUAGCUGAUGACACAAUGAACAUCGACAUGGCAACACGCUUACAACAGACAGAGAGAAAUGCGAUGAGAACAAAGCUACGAGUGGAAAAGCUCAAGAAAGAUCUUGAGCUGGCACAUCAACGUGCGCAAGGAAAGUCCUAUACAUACAAAGGAGAGCUUGGACCAUCUUCAUACAAACCAUGGCAGUUGGAAGAUUAUUACAUGGUUCGUUCUAUUGUAUUGGAUAUCAUCGAAAAUGUCAUAAAAGAUGCAACAGCCAUCUCCUGGUCAGACUCACUUGACGCUGAAACACAAGAAUUGUUGUGGGAGACACAGAAGAGGAAGGUGGAGGUAGAAAUGAACCUUCACUAUUUGAUGCGAGAUGCUCGGGUGGCAGCCGGGAUCAUCACUGAUGCUGUGAUCGAGUCUGAAUGUAAGACAAUAGCAAGUCAAUUUAGUGAUUUGUGGCUUUCGUCUGACAGCUUUGUCUCAUCACUGAUUGUAACUGCUGUUCAGGAUAUUUGUAACACUCAUCAAGAUCAGACUUCGCUGGUAAGAAGUUCAUAUUCAGAGAUGAAGAGGAGGAGAAGAAAACUAGGGGAUGUACAUCGACAUACUCAGUUGCCAUUUGUAAGAAUUGGAGACAACAAAUCACAACAAAUAGAACAACUCGAUUCCAAUGAAGACGACAUCACAACUCUUGAUUUUCUACACCUCAAUCCUGUCCACUUGUCACGUGAUGAACUCAGCGAAGAAGACGAGCAAUACAAACAAGCAGAAGCUGGCUACUGGCAGAAUUUUGAAGUGUCGCCUUUAUUGUAUCAUUUACCUGAUGCAAUCGGUGGAGUUUCGUGUUCAUCUAUCGAUUCGUCUGACAGGUUUCUCGCACUGGGAGGAGAAUCGGGUGUAAUUGUUGUCAUGGAUUUGCACUACAGACCACCACUUCCCUUAAGAAUAGAACUACCCACAAAAUCUUCAGACAAAUCACCAAUACUACAAAUAGCAUGGAGUAUGGACACCAGUCGUCUUCUCUCCCUUAACAACAAAGGUAUUGUACAGCUUUGGUCAAUUUCUGGUAGCUACAGCAGCAACACAAAGAAAGAGAUAGCUGACUUUAGUGUGGGCGGUGGCUAUGUUCCUUGUCAAAUGAGGAAUUUGUUGACGUUGACAGCACAAGAUUUUGUAUUUGUUGAAGGUCCGUUUGCUGGUAGCGAACAAUCUAGUGUGUCCCAUCCGACACGGAUUGCUUUUCAUCCUGCAGUUACAUUGUUGGGAACUCAAAAUUGGUUUGUUGUUGCAUUGUCUAAUGGUGACAUACUCAAGGUCAACAGCAAUGAGAGUCUGAUUGAGAUCAGACAUAGCAAAGUAGACACAGAGACGAGUGAGUCAAGGAUUGGACAGAAUCUACAGGCUGAAUUGUUUCGUGGUCAUCGCUGUCCAGUCUCCUCCAUUGGCUUUGUCCAUCAUGCAGACCAAAUGGUGUCUGUUGACAGACAGGGUCACGUGUUUCUCUGGCUUUACAACAAAUCAUCGCAAACUGGAUUUGGGUGGUUUGUUCCAAUACGGAAGUGCAGAAUUGAGAUGGCUGAACAAGUGUACAAGCCAGUUGCUGGACAGUCAGUCAAGACUAUAUUUUCGGACACUAAGCAGCUUGCUGGUCGUAAAAAGCAGACAGUAAACCAAAGAGAAAGAGCGAGACGGCUGGCAAAACAGAUGAUCGAAUCUCUUCCAGAACCUCCGUGGCAUGUUGAGCAAGACAAGGAAUUUGUGAUAAAAGUCUAUUCACCAGCUGAUGUGCCAGCAUCUGGAGAAACAUUUCAUAUUGUUACUCUUCAUCACUCUGACGGUGAAUUGUCUGAGUAUGCCACACAAACAUACAAGCCAACCAAGAAUGCAGCCACAAAACUGAUCAAUGCAGAAAAUGUGACAACGAUUCUUUCCUUGUUUGAUUGUGUAGCUCCACAUCUCACGGUCGUCAUAUUCAGUGUCGAGUCAUUCACAUUACAUUCAGUACGAAUAGACAUUCCAGUCUCACAACAACAACACGACGAGUGCAUGGCAAAUCACGUCUGCUCACUGGCAAUAUCGAGAGUUCUCGAUGUGUGUUGUUCUGAUUAUAUUUUUGCCAAUGUCUGUGGGAAGUUGUUGGGAUACUCUUUGGCCACCGGGUCUCUGUUGCUUGCUGGCAGGCUUGAGCCGUUGUUUGUGAGAGGGUGUGAGCUGACGGGAAAGGUUGGGAUGGUUUCUAAGCAGCUGUUUGUGAAGAUAUCACACCAACCGGCUUGUAUGCUGCUGGUUGGCACAAUGAAAGGAUCUUCCUCUUUACACCUUUUCCAACUUCAUGACACAAACAGUGAGCAAUCAAGAAGGUACGUAUGGGAGGCAUCACAACAAGGAAACCUGCCAGCUGCACGACGCUUUCUACAUCCUUUCCAAGCUCGUUCUAAUCACUGGACAACAGAUGGAUCAUGAUUUUGCUCAUCGACUAUUAGACGAACUUGUAGCAUUAGCAGUUAAGUAUGGCAGUAGUACUGCAGUAGAGAUGG